AUGACAGGUGGUAUUCUAAAAAAACCGUUAAUUGGGGAUAAUGGACAAGAGCAAAAUGACUCAAAACUAAUCAGGUUUGUAACAUUUAAUGUGAAUGGUGUCAGGACAUUAUUUCAAUAUCAACCAUUCUCUCGCAUGAAUGAAUCAUUAAAGCAAGUAUUUAAUUAUUUUGAUACAGAUGUUAUUACUUUUCAGGAAUUGAAAAUUGAAAGAUCAGUGAUCCAAAAAUGGGGCCAAGUAGAUGGUUUCUAUUCUUUUAUAUCUUUACCUAUUUCCAAGAAAGGCUAUUCAGGCGUUGGUUGUUGGAUCAGAAAAUAUCCUGUUGGCCAUCCAUUGCACCAUUUUAUGAAAGUAGUUAAGGCUGAAGAAGGAAUCACUGGUUACCUCAAAAUAAAAUUGGAUAAACAACGAACAACACGUUAUAGAGAUGAUCCAAAUAUAAAUAUAGGUGGGUAUUAUGAUAUUUUGAGUGAAGAUGAUGCCUUAACAAUUGAUUCCCAGGGUAGAUGUGUUAUUGUGGAACUGUCGUGUAAUUUAAUCAUAUUUUCCACAUACUGUCCAGCUAAUUCGACUAAAACCGAAGAAGGUGAAAUCUUCAGAAUGAGGUUUUUAAAAGUUUUAUUUGGCAGGAUACGAAAUUUAGAAAGAAUGGGUAAAAGGGUGAUCUUGAUGGGUGAUCUAAAUGUGUGUCGGGAUUUGAUAGAUUCAGCAGAAUUAUUAGAUCAAGCAAAUAUCAAAAUAGAGAACGGAAUAAAUGAUAUGAGUAAGAUCUAUUAUCCUAUAUAUAAAAACUUUAUUUUGAAUCCUGAAACACCCCAUAGACGUAUUUUGAAUCAAUUAUUAACGGAUUCUUUAAUCCCUGAAUGUUCUAAAGAUGGUAUUUUGAUAGAUUCUACAAGAUUUAUUCAAGGUAGACAUAGAUUAAAAAUGUACACGGUCUGGAAUACUUUAAAAAACACUAGACCGUCUAAUUUUGGCUCAAGAAUAGAUUUUAUCUUGAUAAGUGAUAAGUGGAAAGAUAAGAUACGAAACAGUAAUAUCUUACCAGAGGUUAUGGGAUCUGAUCAUUGCCCUGUUUUCACUGAUAUGUCCUUUGCAAUACAAGAAAUUAAUUGUGCUCCAAAGAGUGAUGUAAAAAUUCCAAAAUUUGAAGCAAGUUUCAAAUAUAAUUUAUUAAACCACAAUAUUCUUACUAUGUUUUCUGCGACAUCAAACAAAAAAAGAAGUAUCAGUUGUUCUUCCUCUUCUUCUACUUCUUCUUCAAUUACAGAUAUUACUAACAAUAGCAAUUCAGUUUUGCACUCCUCAGCAAACAAUUUAUCGAAAAGAAUAAAGAGUAACUCUAGGGUCAAUACAAUAGAUUCAUUCUUUACAACUGAGAAAUCAGUGGGAAGCAAGACGAAAAAAACUACGAAAACUAUAUACCCAAACCAAUCAAGAGCAACUAGUGAUUUAAUAAUAUCAGAACCAACUUCUAAAGGUAAUAUUCAAAAACAAAAAUUGACGUUUAAAGAUAUUUUUGGUGAACCACCAAAAUGUAAGCAUGGUGAAGAAACUGUAUUGAAGACUUCCAAAUCAUCAAAUAAUCCUGGGAGACGAUUCUGGACUUGUAAUCGUCCUAGAGGGAGUGUAAAUGACAAUGAAUCAUCUUGUGGAUUUUUUCAGUGGGUAUAA